AUGAUCAAUGACGGAUUUCCAAUCGCAAUUUCAUCAAUUUUCAAGCUCGGAAAAACUGGAAAAGUGUUGGAUCAAAGGAAUCGUUUUGAUUUUUCGAGAUUCCUCUCGCAUUCGGUAGGAAAAUCCUUAGAAGCUUCUUCUAGAAGUAUUUUUCAGUGCGAUCCGAACUGCAAAAUCAAUUUGAACAACUCGCAUCAAUUCGAAAUUGAUGGGAAAAUUGUGCCAGGAUUGAUUGUGACUAAUUGCGAAGUUUUGGAUGUGGGAAAGAAAAAAAACUGAAAAAAAAUUUAAUAAAACUUUUUGUUUACAGGAACAUGGAGAAGUUUUGACAGUGGAUUUUUUCAAAAAUUUCAAAUCUGAAGUUGACAAAUUCUUCGCUCCAAUUCGCGAUCCACUUAUUGAAGAGGAAAAUGGUCGAAUGGCAUAUUUGAUUGAGAAUAAAAUUGAUUUUGUGCAUUGUAAUUGUGGAGCUGAUAAUUGCCGUCAAGUUAGUGCAAGUUCUCAAUCUGCUGAAAACAAUUUUGCAGAGUUAUGACGUGGCAAAGUUUUGGAAUAGCAUUUUUCAUCGGAUUGGGAAGGUUUUUAUGAAAAAUAUGAAAUUUGAUUUUGAAAUUUUGAGUUUUUAAUGAAAAUUACUUUUCUGAACAAAAAUCCGAGUUUCAAAUUUAAUUUCGCGGCAAAAAUGCAAACUCACUCUCAAAUUUUAGAAGAAAAUGGAAAUUUUAAAAUCGAAUUUGUGGCGGGAAAUAUGAAUUUCGAAUUUGGUAUGAAAAAACACGUGUUUUUUUCAAAUUCGAAAUUCAUAUUUCCCGCCAAAAUUUGAACCAGGAAAUUUUAAAAUUUUCAUUUUCUUCUAAAAUUUGAGAGUGAGUUUGCAUUUUUUCCGCGAAAUUAAAUUUGAAACUCGGAUUUUUGUUCAGAAAAGUAAUUUUGAUUGAAAACUCAAAAUUACAAAAUCAAAUUUGAAUUUUUCAUGAAAAUUUUCCCAAUACGAUAAAAAUGCUAUUCCAAACUUUGCCACGUCAUAACUCUGCAAAAUCGUUUUCAGCGGGUCGAAAACUACUAGAAAAAUUUUUUUUUAUUUAAAAAAAUUUCAGAUUCUCUUCAUUGAUACUCAAAUGAUCGGAAAACCUGAAAACGAUCGAAAAACUGUUUACAAUAAUGUGAGUUUUCCCUGAAUUUAAUUAAUUAAUUAAAAAUAUAUUUUUUGUAGAUUCCUCACAAUACUCGAUUCAAAGGAACAAUUCUUUUUUAA